AUGACUCCUGCCAAGCUAUUGUCACUGUUUGCUGCAAUUGCUGCUGUAGCGCAGACAUCGCAAUGCCCGCAGAACGUCCAUGGACAAGCAUCUCAAAUGAUGGCAAGCAAUAUCGCAAGAAGUCAAGGAGCAGCCGCAAGUUCUUCCGGGACAGGGUUAAUUGAACUCGGCAUCUUCUAUCAAGCGUUACGAGAGAGCAUCGCCGCGACAAACGACACCGCCGACAAGCAGACAUGGACGGCAUACCUACACAACAGUACUGCAACGGCUAUUCCCCUCUUCACGAACGCUACUUCUGCCAUCGGAUUACCUCUUGAUCGCUUCUCAAUUGGCACCGAGAUGAUGCGUCAAUCGCACGAAACACAGAGCGCGUCUCUCUUGUCUGCCAUCUCUACGUUGCAAGACUCGCUCGCACAUCAGCCUCGAAACACGAACGGUGGCCUCUGGUACUACGACAACCGGAACAACUUGACCGCCUACCGCAACUUGUCAUACACCGACGGCAUGUAUUCGUAUCCGACUUUCGCAAUCCUGAGUGCAGGAAAUGGCACUCGGCAGUCUGACGCUGUUGGACCUGCGGCGGUGCUGAAGCAACUCGAGAUACUGGCCGCCAUCUGCGAUGAUGGUACAGGUCUGCUUGUGCACGGAUACGACGCUUUGAAGGCACAUGGUUGGGCUGACCCCGAGACUGGCGCAAGUCCUUCUGUGUGGGGCCGAUCACAAGCAUGGUAUACCCUUGGCGUUCUCGAAGCUCUUGAAGCUCUUGAAGCUCUACAAUCCGCGACUUCUCAUGUCAUGACUCUGGAUCUCAAGGUUUCGUACAGCAACAUGAAGCUUCUGUUCAACAGUCUGAUCAAAGCCCAGAUCGUUGCUCUCGAGCGUGCUUUGCAGAUCAACGAUAGAUACGGUGUCUGGCAAGUCGUGGAUCUCCCGGGUGCCUCAAUCAAUGGAUCUCAGAACUUCAUCGAGACAAGCGCGAGCUUGAUGACAGCAUAUUUCCUUCUCAAGUCUGUCCGCCUCAACAUCCUGGAAGACACAAAGCUUCGGAACAAAGCCAUCAAAGCAGGAGUCGGACUCUGGGAAAAUAUCUUUGAGACACACGUUACUCGCAAUGCGAACGGUACCCUCGAUCUCAGCGGAACAAGCUCUAUUGCCAGUUUGAGUGCGCAAAUUGUCAAUGCAAAGUAUUACUUUGACAGGCCGACAGCCAACAACAGUCUAAUCGGUACCAGCGCUUUCAUCCUUGCUAGCUUGGAGCUCGAGAAAUUGUGCGGAUGA